AUGAAAGGGACAGAUCAAAUUUCCAAACUGCCACAGCCAAUUUUGGACUAUAUUCUGUCUUUCCUUGAUAUUAAAGAUGCUGCUAAAACUAGUAUAUUGUCCAAGGCUUGGAACAGUGCUUGGACUUCCCUCUCCUGCUUACAUUUUGAUCAUCUUUUAUAUCCUGUGGCCGAAGAAGUUUUGGGUCAAAUUCUGGCAAAUCGGCAGAAGCAAAAGAUCUUUAUACAACGACUCGAGUUAGGUUUACUACCAUAUAAAUGGUCAAAGUCUGUGGAUAAUUGGAUUAAAAUACUUGCAGCCUGUAAUAUCAAAGAGUUGUUUUUAAAUGGCAGAAAUUCUUACUAUAGUUUGCCUAACGCACUUUUUGCUGCCCAAACUUUAGAAGUGCUUAGUUUACGUGGAUUUAAGCUUGAACUACCCUCUGAUGGUGGAUUUCAUGGACCAAUCAGUUUACAAGUUGCAGGAAUUUUACCUAAACUAAGGAAGGUAAAGUUGCUAUAUUGCCCUCCUAAAUUCAAGAUGGUUGAUAUUGCAGCACCUAAUCUUAAAGACCUUGAAAUUAGCUCCUUUUGUGAGGACCUACAUGUAAUUAACAUAACUGCUUGCAAAUCCAUAAAGCAUUUGAACCUCACUGCUGUGGCUGUCACUGACCAAUGGUUAGACAACCUUUUUUCCAAUCUUCCCUAUCUUGAAAUCUGUUACUUAUUUUCUUGUUCGUCGUUGAAGAUCAUUAAGAUUUCAAGUGACCGGCUCAAGUAUUUUCAAGUAAUCGAGUGCAGUAAUCUGAUUGAGGUUGAUCUGGAUGCUCCCAACUUAUUAAGAUUCUCAUCUGAUGUUUAUUAUGGAAAAGAUAUUGCUCAUCUCUUGCCCACAUUCAAAAUGAAAGCUUCACAUCUGUUGGAAGCUAAUCUCAAUUUGAUCCCACAAACCCGUGACACUCACUGGUACACUAAGCUCAUCAAGUCUCUUGGUAACUUUAAUCAUUACAAGGCUAUUGUACUGCGCUGUGAGAAUGACAAGGAGAUAGUUAUACCAAAAUACAAGAGAGAAAACUUGCUUCCUCCACUUUAUGCUACUAAGAUUUUGCACAUAAAAAUUAGAAAUCAGUGUAAUUUUUCAGCUGUGAACGUUGUUGAUAGUUUGCUUUGGAUGUCUCCUCAACUGGACACCCUAUCUUUUGGCCAGACUAGAGAUUUAAAGAGCAUGAUCAAGUUUACAUACAGAGAUGAAGAUGAAGUUGAUGGUGAAGAUGAGAAACCUUGUUGUGCAUCUCUACCUUGGAAAUGUUGGAGGCAUGAGAUAAAGAAAGUUAAAUUGCAGAACUUUAAAUGCAUGGAGCUGAAGGAGUUGAGAAACUACUUUCUCACAAAUACAAAUACUACGUUGGAGAUAAUUGAAGAUCCAACAGGAUGCAACAUUUAUACUUCAUUUCACUUCUGCGUAGUUGCGUCUAGGUAAUGUUAUUUGUUGAAUAAAUUUGCUUAUGACCUGUUUUGAUGAUGGGAGAAGUCCUGUGGGGCGACAUUUGUUUGU